CAAACAUUACGAAGCUCGAAAUCAACGGCAACCGGCAUAUUCGGAGUACACAUUUUGCCAACAAAUUCAUAAAGAUUGUAAAGUAGAUCAUGGGUAUUUUAGAAAAGAUUUCGGAGAUCGAAGCCGAGAUGGCUAGAACUCAGAAAAACAAAGCAACAAUGGGUCAUCUGGGUUUACUAAAAGCUCGAUUAGCUAAACUGAAACGUGAGCUGAUAGAGCCAAAAGGUGGUGGUGGAGGCACAGGGGAAGGCUUUGAUGUCGCUAAAACUGGAGAUGCCAGAAUAGGAUUUGUUGGCUUUCCUUCUGUCGGGAAGUCAACCUUGCUGAGCAACUUGGCAGGUGUGUACUCAGAAGUUGCAGCCUAUGAAUUCACCACUCUUACCACAGUGCCGGGUGUGAUUAGGUACAAGGGUGCUAAAAUACAGCUGCUGGAUUUACCAGGUAUUAUUGAGGGAGCCAAAGACGGAAAAGGAAGAGGAAAACAAGUCAUAGCUGUGGCUCGGACAUGUAACAUCAUCUUCAUCGUUCUUGAUGUUUUAAAGCCCCUGCAGCACAAGCGACUUAUAGAGUAUGAGUUGGAGGGCUUUGGUAUACGACUGAACAAGGAUCCACCAAACAUUGGCUACAAGAGGAAAGACAAAGGAGGCCUUAACCUCACUGCUACUGUUGCCCAGUCCGAGUUGGACCAUGACCUGGUGAAAACGAUCCUUGCCGAGUACAAGAUCCACAAUGCAGACAUCACUCUACGAGGGGACUACACUACGGAGGACCUUAUCGAUGUGAUAGAGGGAAACCGUAUCUAUGUACCUGCCAUAUAUGUUCUCAACAAGAUUGACCAGAUCUCUAUAGAGGAGCUUGACAUUAUCUACAAGAUACCACACUGUGUCCCCAUCUCUGCCCACCACAAGUGGAACUUUGACGACCUCCUGGAAAUGAUGUGGGAAUACCUCAGGCUUGUGCGACUCUAUACUAAACCAAAAGGCCAGUUGCCGGAUUACACUGCUCCAAUUAUAUUGAAGGAUGGCAAGAGCAGCAUUGAAGAUUUCUGUAAUAAAGUGCACAGAACCAUCCUCAAAGAAUUUAAACAUGCUCUUGUGUGGGGUUCCUCUGUGAAGCAUCAACCACAGAAGGUCGGCAAGGAACAUUUGCUCGCAGACGAGGAUGUCGUGCAGAUUGUGAAAAAAAUCUGAAAACACUGGAAUUCAAUAUGGACCUGAUCUUAAUCAAAGCAAGUCUGAGUUGUUCCCUUGCUUUAUUCUGAUAAUGAUUUAAAGAACUUAAAUUUAAGCAUUAUUAGUUUAAAGAUAAUCAUAUGUUCAUCUCUCAUCAGUUCAUGUGCAUCUGUUAAUUAUCCGCUGAAGUGUGUCUUCCCAUUAGGUGACUGGUUGGGUAAACUGAAACAUUUAUACCAAACAAACAUAGGCUUGAUUGUUUAUUAUAUCAUACAUCAUAUUUUAAUUUCGUUGGUCAUACAUAUUUUUUUAAUAUCAUGUAGUUGAUAGUAGUUUAUCUUGUUAAAAAAAUCUGAUCUUAAUUUAUGGUACAUGUAUAUAAAUACUAUAAAAAACUAUUUUAUAGCUGCUGUUUUUGAAGAAAAAAGUUGCGAUAUUGCCAAUGCCUUAGUGUGGUUGUCCGUGUGCAAUAAAGUUAACCAUGACCAUAACUCUUAAAGAACAUCAAAUGAAAUUUGGUUCACAUGUUGCCAGAAACAAUGUACACAAAGCCCAUAACUGUGGCUAAAUCAUUAUUAAGUUUUGCCUGUUUUUGACUGAACAUCAAAAGACAAGAGUUGACAUUGCAUUGUGGUGCUCAUAUUUCCUUCUGAAUUUAAGAUGAUUUACUUCUUUGUUGUUGCCUAUUCAAUAUGAAACAUUUUGACAAACAAUUUUGUUAUAUUGGAAUGAAUAUGAUAAGAUUAACAAUUUUAUGUGCUGCUAAAUUUGAGAUUCAGUUGUGAGUUUUUCCAACACAAAUUUGAGAUGUUACAUAUAAAUAAAAUGGUUAGAAACUACCUGAACCUGCUUAAUGUGUUUUGUUUGUAAAAAUGUAAGCCAUUAAAAAGAUUUAGAAAAUGGA